AUGAGAUUAGAUUUCAUCAAGGUCAAAUCAAAGUUCAUAGGAAAAACCUAGAGAGAUAAAAUAGUUAAGGAUAAGAAAUCAGUUGAGACAUAAGAACCAAGCUAGUUAUUACCAUCUUUAUAAAGUGAGGAUAAACAAUCAAAUAAAAUUAACAACAAAAUCAUUUUAACCAACAUACUUGAGGUUGAAAAUGAGGAGGAGAAUGAAAUUGAAAUACCUGAUGAAUUGAAAGGAUUCAAUCGAUAGUUCUUGCAGUCAGUGAAUAAAUUAAGAACAAACCCUGAGUACUACAUCAAAUAACUAUAAACUCAAAUAGGUUAUUAUGAAGGACAGAUCUUAAGAUUACCUUAAAGUAACUAAGAAAAUACAGAAAACUUAGAGUUGAUUGAUAUUGUUACUUAAGAAGGAGUAGUUGCAGUUGAAGCUGCAAUUUAUGCUUUGCAUCAAUACAAGAAAAACAUAAAUGCACCUCCUCUUAGAUAUUCUCAAAAACUUUAAGAAUUAGCAUUAGCUGAAACUAUAAGGAUCAAAUAAACUGAUCAGACAAGUAUUCUUAGUAUGAACUAUACAUUAGAAUACUGCAAUACUAAAAACUUGAGGAUUAAUGGGGAAAUUUUGAAAAGCUUACUUUUCAACCCUUCUAAUAAUCACGAGUAACUGCUUCUAUAAUUAAUUAUUGAUGAUGGAAAUAUCACUAGAUCAAACAGAUUAAACAUUUUAAAUGAGCAAGUUAACUUUAUCGGAUUUGCAGUUGUAGAGCACCAAAAAUAUAACAAAAUGUUUUAUGUUCUCUUAAGCCAGAAUAAUAUUGAAGAAAUUCCUGUAUAUCAUUAAAAUUCAAUGCCCAACUAAGCAAUGCAAAUAAAAGAUAUGGACUUAACAAAGAUAGAUCAGCUUAAUGAGUAUGAAGAUAUUAUAGAUAUCAUGAAAGGGAAUUUAGACCUAAAAAGCAAGAGUCUAGAAAAUAUAUCUUAAAAGUAAAGAUAUCAAAAUGAGAGUAAGGUUAACUCUACAGAUCAAAUCUAUGAAUAAAACAAUAAAUAAUACUGGCCAGCUGAAGCAAUAAGUAUGAAAGAAAGUACUAAAUUAAUAAUAGAUGACGAUGGAAUGCCUUAAUAGAUAGUGACUAGGAUAUUUUCACUUAAAGAUGGUACUGAAUAAAGGAUUCAAAGAAAUUAAAGUGCAGGUGAUUUCUAACUAAAUUUCAUGAUGGGAAAAAACAGAAUUGAAGUUGAUAAAAAACUAGCUAUGCUUGACCAUAUGCUUUCAAGUUAGGAUUUUUUGGGAUAAACAGAAAAAAGAGCAUUGAAAAGAACACUUAGACAGCAGCAUUUUAAAUCCCUACUCAUGAACAAUUAUUAAAGUGAGAGGAAAAAUAUGAAUGGGAACUAUGCUCUGACCUCUAGUGAACCAUCAUCGCCCAAAUCAUCUGUCUAAUUUUUCCCCUCUUAGGCAUUUGAUUAAUCAAUUAUCAACUUUGAUUAGCAGCCUAUUUACAAUAACGCGCUAGGCUAAGCUCCAUCAUCUGCAUUAUCCACAACAAUUAGUGAUUUUUCAAAAGCAAAGAUGAACAGAUAAAUGGGAAGACCGAAUAAUAUGAUGAUUUAAUCUCAAGGAUUCAUUCAGUAUAAUAACCUAAAACUUGAUCAAAAUUCAAGAAGUGCUUUACAAGAAUAACUAAAAGAGCAAAAUGCUUAGUAAAUUGAUCAAGAGAAUUAAUUUUUGCAAGCAGUCAAGUAAGAGCUUCUUAAUUUGAAAAGCAGGCUUAAGAUCGAGAUAACAUAGAAAAUUUAGCUUAUCAAAGAGGUAAACAGAUAUAAAAAAUUGUAGGGCACUCAAAAACAAAAUACAUGUGAUGCAGAGAUUUAGACAGAAAAUGAAAAUGACCUGACUUUUUAGCAGAUUUAGGAUAAGAAAUCUGACAUAAAUGAAGAUGAAAAUGAAGACAAAAAUUCUGUAUAUCAAAAUGUGAGCAUCAUACUUGAAGAUCAAAUACAUUUUGACGACUAAACCUAAAAUAUUCAUAGAGAAUAACUGACUUAAACAUUCCUAGAGCCUGGUAUAGAUAAUGAUAAUAAUUAUAAUCGGUUUUAAUAGGAUUAUAGUAGGCCUUCAAGAGUUCCUUCAUUCUAAAUUGACCUUUAAAAAGCAAUAAAUGUCAAUAUUAAAGAUGUUGAUGAGUUCAGUCCCUCAAAGUGUUUACCUUAGUAAAAUAUGAAUACAUCAAAACUUUCAACAUCAGUUAUAAAUAUUCAAAAAAAGUAUAGUUAAAUUGGUGUAAGCAAUUUAUGUGUUUCAAAGCAGUCUGAAUCUUCUGAAUUGCAUUUUGAUGGAUUAAGGCCUCCCACUUUUGACGAGUUUGACGUAGAAGAUGUAAUGUCAGAAAUUAAUAAUUUUCCAAAUCAUAAAAGGGAAAAAUCCUCAUCAUUUCAUAACUUUGAGGAAAUAAGAAUUAGAAAUUCUUCAGAAAAAAAUUAGUUUCAUGUAAUUGGAAGUUAAAGGGGUAAGCGACCUAUAGUUAAUGCUAAAGAAAUAGAUAAAAAUAUUUAUGAUGGAAAAUAUUGGUUCAAAAAGCAUGAAUCCUUAAUUAAGAAGCUUAGAUUAACUCUAGACGACUCUGCAAAGCAGCAUCUAUAACUAAAGUAAUUACAAGAUGAUAACAAAACUUUAAGGGAUAAAAUCAAGCAUCUUACCACAGUUAUCGAGAAAUUUAAGAUUAGAGAUGAUGGAAUGGAUGGAAACAGCAAUAGUGCACUCUCAAAAAUAAAAAAGAGUCCAAUACUCAGACCCCAGUAACCUAGACGAGAGUCAGUGAGACUAAAUGAGGCCUUCUAGAUUGAAACAGUGACCAAUUCUACUAAAGGAUUUUUUCCAAUGCUUUUCUAGCGAGAGUAAAACCCAGAAGAUGAAAAGCAAAGCGAUUUAUUGGACGAAAAUCUUUAAAUAUCAAUAGAUAUGCGUCUAAGCUAUGUAGACUCUGCUAAAUAUGAAGAAAUACCUCAAAAGCGUCGCAAAAGCAUCUUUUAAAAAUUCAUUAACAAUAACCACAUUUCAAGUAGAGUUGAUAGUGUAGGUAGUAGUCAUACCUAGCAAUUACCUCAUAACUUUUAAACUUUCCAUGACAGUCUGUUUGUAAUAGCUGAAGAGCCCUAUUCUGUAAAUGAGAGAUCUAGUUUCAAUAGAAAUUCCUAGAAUCUCAACGAAAAAGGUUCCGCUAAUAAAAAGCUAAAUGGCUAAAAUAAGAAGCUAAAAUGGGUAGAGCUUCAUGAUCUGAAUAAAUCUCCAUUCGAUAAUUUGUGA